UAUUCCUUUACAGAAAGACCAAGAGAGUUUUUGAUACAUGCACUGGAAAGAGUGAAGUUUGCAAAACUAACUGAUGUGGAAUAUCCUUAUCUUGUGGAUGAAUCAAAUUUGGAUGCUAUGUUUGAAAUGCUGGACACAACAAGUCAAGGCUAUAUAAACUUAGUGCAGUACACAGGAGCUCUUAAAAGCUUGGGGUUAAGUACUCAGGAUUUGCCUUAUGAAGAAGAUGCAACUAUCACACUGGAAAUAUUCAAGAAAGAAGUGAAGAAGUUGUUGCAGGAGAGCUGGGCAAUAUAUCAACCUUAAGCAGCUGUCUGCUAAAAAUUCUCUAAAGUCUUCUCUUUGAGUUUGUUUUUAUUUUAAUUGCCUUUUGGCAACUGAUAGUUUCACUUAUCCAAAAAUAAACUGAGUAGCAUCAGCAUAGUAAGUAAAAAGUUGAAUUAUAUGGUAUUAGUUUAAAUAAUCAGAAACUACUCAUUACACCUGAGGAACAUCUUUUGAGGACUUCCUUUAGGGAAAAAAAAUUCAAAAACAUUAAAAAGAUGCUGUGUAUCAACAUCUUCCCUAGCAAGAAUAUUUUGGGGCCAUACAGUGAUAAAAAUGACUUAAAUCAGAGCAGCUCAAGGCAAUAUUUUGACACUUGUACAGAAAUAGCUUUAUAUUUGAACCAACAAAAUGUGAUUCUAGUAUGCAACAAAUGUCAGCCAUUAUGGGAUUGAAAAUUAAUUUAAAGUCAGAUAUUUCUUUAAGACUCAUGGGUGGGGGCGAGGGGGAAGUUUUAAACAACCUGAAGAUACCCAAUUUCCAAACAAACCCAUUAUUUCCAAACAUAAGCAAUUUGAAAUACAUAAUAUUUCAAUAAAUGAAUCAGUUGUGAUGGCAUUUUUAAACAAGUUUACUAGUCAAAGUAUGCAAGGCCUGUUCAAACAUUUUAAAGAGGACAAAGGAUUUGGACAUUCAAGGAAGAGACAAUUCUGAAGUUUCCAUAACAGGACUUAGUUUUAAAAGUUAGCAUGAUCAGAGAAAACAGAACAUGGAAACAUGCUUUCACCUCAUUCCACACCCCCUGCACACACAUUAAAGUAUGUAAAUGCCCAUGUGUGGGAAUUUAGGUACAUAACUGUCCAUAUACCAAAAUGAGAAUCAGCCAAUUUGAAUGGAAUAUUUACCACUGAAUGCAGUACCAUAUAUCCCCAGAGUUUACUCCAUAUUACUCUAAACCAUAAAAGUUUCUUCAGCAUGACCAUUAUCGCCUUACAGCCAUCACCAGCUAAACAGAUCAACUCACUAUUCAACAAGGACUACAUUCUCCACUCUAGGUCUGAGCCUGCUGUGCUCUACGUGCCUCUAGGUAGGAGGUAUUACAAAACAGGCAAAGCUUUAGAUAAUCGUGAUUAAAACAGAUUUGACUAAACUAUACCAGCUUAGAAACCAGUUCAGAAUCUCAACUGUUUUAAAAUGGCUAUGUACAAUAUAUAAUCCGAAUUAUAAAAAGAUUAAGGCAUAAGGUUAGAUCAAGUCAGCAUUUUACAAAGAUGUACUAGUGGCUUGUUUGUGUUUUUUAAGAAACAAUAUACAAUAAAAGUAUGCUAAUGUAAUAGCUUGAUUUCACUUUAUA